AUGGUUAGAGCCUGUGGAACCCUCCUUUGGUGUAACCAUCACCCCAAACAACUCGAGUCCCCCUGGGCAGAGAGGACCCCCCCAGCAGGGAAAACUCCAGAGCAGCCCCCCUCCACCUUCAUCCUCCUCAUCUUCGUUGCAGCCCUCCCAGGGCUGCGGGCGGCCGUGCAACUGGUCGAGUCCGGAGGGGGCCUCCAGACACCCGGGGGGUCCCUGCGCCUCCUCUGCAAGGGCUCCGGCUUCACCUUCAGCAGCAACGGCAUGAACUGGAUCGUGUUGUGCAAGGGCUCCGGCUUCACUUUCAGCAGCAAAGCCAUGAACUGGGUGCGACAGGCGCCCGGGAAGGGGUUCGAGUGGGUCGCGAGUAUUAACAGCGGUGGUAGUUACACAAACUACGCGCCGUCGGUCAAGGGACGCUUCACCAUCUCGAGGGACAACUCCCAGAGCACGCUCACGCUGCAGAUGAACAGCCUCAGGGCCGACGACACGGCCACCUACUACUGCGCGAAAGCUGCUGGUGAUUGUGGUGGUGGCACCGACGCUGGCACCGAGCCCCAACACCCCUGCACUGUGUCCCCAAAUCCUGGCCUCUUCCACAAACUCCUGCCUUAUUCCUGGAUUCUUGCAACCUACCUGCUCCCUUGCACCCCAACCUGGACCCCUGCACCCAACCCGGACCCUUCUCCUGAGUUUUGA